UAUGAUUGACGCAUAUGAACUGUAUUGUGUAUUGUGGAGAAGAAUAGUGCUUAGUGGCCGGGAAGAAAUAGUGUCGACUGAUGUGAAAGCGUGUCGCACUGAUAGCGAACUUGUCUCCUAUGUACAACAAUUACUGGAUGCUUCAGGUCUGUUACAACAGAUUUAUUUUUCAGGAGACUGCAAAAAUGAAGCUAAAGCGAUAGAAAUUCGUAAACUUGGUAACGAGAGCUUUCGUCCGAAAAUCAAGAAAUAUAUCAAAGCGAUUGAGCACUACAACGAGAGUAUUGCUUUGUCUAACGUUGGAUCUGAAAACUUGGCCAUUGCAUAUGCCAAUCGUUCAGCGAUUUGUUUUGAGCUGAAGGAGUACCAUGAAUGUUUGGAGAACAUUCGAUUGGCGCAACAGAAUCCAUACCCAGUACAUCUGCUACCAAAAUUAUUGAAAAGAAAAAACGACUGUUUGGAGAUAAUCAAUAACCACGUAAGUAAACCCGGCAAUGUUCGGUUCGAGCCAAAACUGUGCUAUAAACCGAACCCAAAGAUACCUCACAUCUCGGAUUGUUUGGAAUUCAAGCGGGAUGAUUUUUUUGGCCGACACUUAGUGACGAAUCGAAAUUUAAAAGCUGGAGAUGUGGUUAUAAUUGAAAAACCGUUUUCUGUGCUGCUAGAAGCAGAGCUUCGUUACCUCAACUGUGAUUACUGCCAGCAAGACAAAUUCCUUACUUUGAUACCAUGCAGCAAUUGUUCCAUUACAAUGUUUUGCUCAGAGAUUUGCCUCCAAAGGGCCUACGAAAGCUACCAUCGCAUAGAGUGCCCAGUCAUCAAGCAUAUGCAAUCGUUAUUCACAAAGGUAAUUCUGAUGGCUCUCAGAACCACCACAAUGGCCAUCAGUACAUUCGAUUAUAAUUUGGAGGAGUUACAGCAACACGUUGAAAUGCUUGGAGAAACAUCCUCAAAUCCAUUUGAUCUGGACUGGGGUAACGCACAUGCCAAGGAUAUCUAUAGUACGAUCCACGGAUUAGCUACUAAUCAAAAGAUACGUUAUCCCAGCGAUCUCAUUCAGCGCUCUAUCUACUCGAUAGUGAUGAGCAGUGCUCUGUUGAGCAAUACCCCAUUAAACAGUCUCUGUGGAAGUAAUGAAUCUCAUCGUAAUCUCAUUCGCUUACUUAUUUUUCGUCAUGCACAAACCUCUCCUGUAAGCAUGCACUCAACCGGGUACAUCAAUUACUGCCCGAAUGAAGAAGACCCGUUUCAGUCGGCCAAAUUGGGAUGUGCUUCGUUCCCAAUUCUAAGUAUGUUGAAUCAUUCCUGUGCUCCGAAUUUGACACGACUAACACUGCCAACUGGACAAGUUGCAGCCAUACUCAACCGACCAAUUAAAAAAGGCGGUCAGCUUUACGACGAUUAUGGCUACCAUCAUUGCAUUGAAACAUUAUACGAGCGGCAAAUCGGUCUCCUUCAACGGUUUAACUUCAAGUGUCAAUGUGAAGCAUGCAUUAACAAUUAUCCUCUAUAUUAUCAUUUAAAAAGACUUAAACUUUCACCUGGUCAUAAGAAUUUCGGUACGUUAGAGUGGGACGACAUUGCAAAGGCCGUAAAGAAAAUUCCACAGCUUUGCAAAUUUCUAAAUGAAUAUGACAAUCAGUACCCAAAUUUCGAGGUAAGCACUGCUCAAGAAGCUCUACUACAAUGUUUGCAAAUAGUUUAUUUCGGUAAAUCACGAAAAAUUAAAUAUCGAGGACUCUGUUGUUUUUAGUUGAAUUCAUCUCUAUUCUGUUUCUACUGAAUUGUAACAUGUAAACAUGUCAACGAAAUACUGAAUAAAAACA